CGUUCCCAUUCUAAACAAAUUCCAAAAUGGUAGAUCUGCGGCAGGGUCAACAAUUCUUUAUGUAGCAACUUACUUCAGAACAGGACCCAAUACACUCGUGAUUAUAUGCACCUAUAUAUUUUCUUGGAACUACAUUAAAGCUUACUGAUAUAUCAAUUUACCCUAUGACAUUAAUGAGAGAAGUAGUAACGUUUUACGAACUAUCUGUAAUUACCAGAACUUACAAACCAUUCAGAUAUGUGGAAAUGUGGUAGUGGUUUCUUCUCUUUUCGUAAAAGAUGGCACCCGAAGCAUUUAGAUUACAUUGAUAAAAGUCACUGUAACUUGACAGCAGUACCUGAUGAUAUAUUUCGACAUGAAAGAACCUUGGAGGAAUUGUCUCUUGAGGCAAAUCAGAUCCAAGAUUUACCUAAGCCAUUAUUCCGUUUGCAUAAGCUUCGUAGGCUGAUCCUAGCAGACAAUGAGAUUCAGGAUUUACCAAGUGAUCUGGGAAAUUUGAUUGCAUUGGAAGAGCUGGACAUUAGCAAAAAUGACUUCAGAUUGAUACCCGAUGAAAUUGAAAAGUUAAAGAAGCUAACAUAUUUGGAUGUUAGCAGUAAUUCAUUAGGAGAAGUUCCAGAUUCCAUAACAAAACUACCUGAACUUCAAAACUGGGUGGUCAACGAUAUUGCUUUAGGUGAAAUACCACCAGAAGUAGGAAGCCUCUCGAAACUUGUGAUCUUAGAGUUACGAGACAAUUGCAUCAAGUUUUUACCAAUGUCAUUUUCUUUUUUAUCAAACCUGGAACGCUUGGAUUUGGGUGGCAAUGAAUUGGAGGAAUUGCCAGAUACUAUUGGUCAGUUACAUAGCUUGAUUGAAUUAUGGUUGGACAACAACAUGCUCAUGUCAUUACCUGCUGAAUUGGGUGAAUUAAAAAAAUUACAAUGCCUUGAUGUAUCAGAAAAUCAUAUUGCUGAACUACCAGAAGAAAUUGGAGGACUUGAAUCACUUACCGAUUUAAUACUGACAAAAAAUACUUUUCACGAAUUGCCAGAAGGCAUAGGUGAACUGAAAAAAUUGCAAAUACUAAAAAUAGAAGAAAACCAGAUGGAUGAACUAACAAGUGCUAUAGGAGGGUGUAUAUCACUAUUAGAACUUAUUCUCACAGAAAAUGAAUUAGAGUUUCUUCCUGGCAGUAUUGGUAAACUAUCAAAGUUAUCACAUUUUAAUAUUGACAAAAAUAGAUUAUUCACUCUUCCACCAGAGAUUGGAAAUUGUACACGUUUGAGUGUGCUCUCUGCACGGGAGAAUGCCAUUGCUACGAUACCCAAAGAAAUAGGAAAUUGCAGAAGUUUGACAGUGCUGGCAUUGUCUGGAAACAAACUAAGAAGUUUACCACUCACUGUAUCCAGUCUACCUCUAAAAGCCUUAUGGUUAUCUCAAAAUCAGUCACAAUCUGUUUUGAAAUUACAAGUUGAAGACGAUGAAAAAACGUUAGAAAAAGUACUGACAUGUUUUUUAUUUCCACAAGAAGACCUGAAAGGAGCAAGUUUAGAAGACUUUGUAAAUGACAUUUAUGGUCCAUCUGAUGAGAAGACUUGGAAAACACCAGAUGUGAAGUUUGCAGAUAGCAGCGACGAAAACAAAGUAUCCCAUCUGGAACGAGUUCUCACACCUUAUCCAAAAGAGCUUCGUAGUCGACAUCCAAAUUUGGUACGAAAGAGAUCAAAUUCUGCUGACAGUGACAAGCAUGAACAUGAGCACACUACGUCAGAACAUCGACCAUUAACUCCAAGUGAUGAAGUGGCAAAAAAGAAGCGAAACAGCCUCAAAUUUGAUGAGAGUGUUAUAGUUGUGGGUGCAGAUGGAGGAAUAGACAAUCCAUUGCUUGCAGACAUCGAUAACAAUGAUUCUAAUGAAAACAUUAAAGAAAACAUUAAAGAACAAGUUACAUUCAAUGAGAGUGCAGCAACAGUUGAGGAGGAAAACAGCAGUCACUCAGAUGAUGAAGAUAACAGCGGAAAGCAUGUUGGGUUUGUAAUAGCAGAUGACUUAGAGGAUGGCAAGUCAUUUGAUGACAGUUAUAAAUGGGAACGUAAAGAUACUCCACAUCACUUAAAAGGAAAGCGAAUUACAUCGGAGGAUCCAGACGCCUUGCAAGACAUUCUUUCCAAACUUUCUAAGAAGAAAAGUGAGGAGAAAUUAGAUCAUUUGGAUGACGACACAACUGUUAAAGAUGAGGACGCAGGAAAAGUUUUCAGCAACAAGGGUGUCUCGUUUGAGAAUGGAGAAGUUGAAACAGAUUAUGUUGUUGUUGAAGAUACAGGAGAGGAAGAAAAAGAGAAAACCUACAAAUAUAAAAGGCGUGAUACUCCAAGGCCAGCAGAUUUCAAAAAAGAACCGUUCAAACCUCGGGUUGAUGUUUCAAACAUUUUUGCAGAAGAAGAGGAAGAAGAAGAGACAAAAGAAAAUGAUGACAAAAUUGGAAAUUAUGUUGGAAAUGAUAGCAAUGUCAACAAUAAAAAAGAAAAUACAGAGGAUAUUGAUGAUGAGGAAGAUGUUAUUAUAGAACAAAAAACAAUUACCAAAGUUUUUGAAGAGAUAACAACAGUGUUGGAACGAGAUGGGACCAGUCUUGGUAUCAAUAUUGCUGGAGGAAUGGGAAUGACGACAUUCGAUGAGGAUGAAGAGUAUGCCGCGGGUAAUACACCAGAUGGAUAUGAUGAGGAAGAGGGCGUGUUCAUUACAAAAAUUACACCGAAUGGUCCUGCAGAUAAAAGUGGUGUAUUACAGCUUGGUGAUAAGAUCAUCAAGGUAAAUGAUGCUGACAUUUCUAACUUUGCGCAUGAUGAUGCUGUAACUACAAUGAAAGAAGCUUCAAGCCCUGUCACGAUAGUAGUCUUACGUGAAGUGACAGAUGAAGAACAGAUCAACGAUGCCCUGAUGCAAAGAGAAGAAAAAAAUGUUCGUUUUGCUGCUGAGCCAGAGGUUGAAGAUAUCGAAAUUGCAGCGGAGACAAUCCCUGUUAUGUUAAAACGAGAUGCAAAAGGUCUUGGAUUUAGCAUUGCUGGAGGGAAAGGAGCCACAGCAUAUAAAAGUUCGAACAUGUACAAGGGCACUGACGAGGGAAUAUAUAUCAGUAAACUAUCUGAAAAUGGACCAGCUGCUUUAGAUAAAAGACUGCAAGUUGGAGAUAAGUUACUCUCUAUAAACAACGUAGAUGUACGUAAUGCUAAACAUGACGAUGUUGUAAACAUUCUAACAAGUUGUGCUGAUAAAGUAACACUGGUUGCAUAUCGUGAACGCAUUGUCAACAAAAAAAUGAGACCUAUGUCCCAAAUCAAUGGUAACGCUGAAAAUGUAAAGACUGUCGGGGAAUCAACAAAGGCUGAAGACCUGCCUGGUGAUGCAAGACAGGAACCAAGGUUACUUGUUGAAGAAGUAAUAUUAAAAAAAUCUGCUGGACCUCUUGGUUUGAGCAUUGUUGGUGGAUCAGAUCAUGCUAGCCAUCCAUUUGGUGUUAACGAACCUGGAAUAUUUGUUUCAAAGGUUAAUCCAACUGGUGAAGCUGCAAAAACAAACUUAUGUGUGGGUGACCGCAUUUUACGUGUCAAUGACAAGGAUAUGCAAACCGCCACUCACCACGAAGCUGUUGCUGCCCUUAUCACAAACGAUCCUGUUGUGAAACUCCUCAUUCGGCAUGAUCCGCCACCUCCAGGAAUACAGGAGAUCAACAUUAACAAGAAGUUAGGAGAAAAGCUUGGUAUCAGUAUUAGGGGUGGUGCUAAAGGUCAUCCUGGAAAUCCAUUUGACAAAGAAGAUGAAGGAAUUUUCGUAUCCAAGGUAAACUUAAACGGUGCAGCUUCUCGAGAUGCUCGAUUAAAAGUUGGAAUGAGAAUUCUGGAGGUUAACAAUACAAGUUUAUUAGGUGCAACUCACGUUGACGCUGUACGCGCUCUUAGAACAGCGGGGGAUAAUUUAUCACUCAUUGUUUGUGAUGGUUAUGACGAAGAUGCUGCAGCGGCUCUUCAUCCAGAAAAUAUUUUGUUUAACCCGUUAUUAUGCGAACCAACUCGAUUCAGUCCAGAUUCGCAAUCAUCCGCUACCUCAGGAGAUUCUUUUGGGGAUGUUAUGACUGAACGAAUAAACUACCAUGAUGAAACAGAUAGUUCAAAACCAACGCAAGCUGUUGAAGUGAAUCAAAAUGACGUAGACAUUUAUGACAUUGACGAACAUGGAAAUAAAGUCAAAAGAACGCCAAGUGCUGCAGAGCAGAGAGCAAUUAAUGCAGAGAAACGAGCAGAAUGGAGGAAAGAGCGCAUGGCUGCAUUGGAUAACGAUGCUAAAAAAGCUCAGGUAGUAAUUGCACAAGCAAAAGCUCUUUCCACGUCCUCGCUAGAAGGUUCAUGCGUAUCUGACUCUGAAGAACGAACAACAUCAACAAGUUAGCUGAAAUAUUUCGACCUAGCACUUGAAUAUAAUUUGACAGGAACGUCGUUAGCACAUUGAGAGUUAAGUUGUGUCCCCUUGAACAAUGAAGAUCUGUUCCUUCUAGCAUUUUAUUUUGAGAAUCUGAUUGCGAUGUAACAGAACAAAGACGAUUUAGCUAGCCUAUCCGUCGAACUCAGCAUGCAGCUUUAUGAUUGUGUAUAUAUUUAUUACACUUCAUGAGAUAGUUAUUAUUAUUUUUUUGAAAUGCUCAUCAGUUUACUAAUUUUAAAAUUUACAUGAGAAGGGAGAUGCAAGAAUACAUUAUCAAAACAAGCAGCCACGUGUACAUACAGUAUUUUAAAUGUAUCUGUGAUUACUAAGUAUAUAUUUUUUAAUAUUUUUUUUUGUGGAUAGCUUGUGAAGCGAAAUAAAAUGUGCUCAAAAUGAGAGUGUCAUGAAGAAUUGCUACCACAUAGAUUUUGUCAAAGCUUUAGUUUAUGCCGUUCGUUUCCUUCUUUAUCCUUUUCGUUUUAACAUCUGGUUCUAGAAAUAAUGAUUAUUUAUUUAUGCUUUAAAAUUUACGAUUCCAAUUUUUCUUUUUGGUUUUUAUAUUUUGUAAUGUUCAUUCCGAUAUGUUGGGAAUAUUUAAGUUAAUGCUUUUUAUACUUUUAAUUUUAACUUUAGAGAUUAGACAUUUUUGUCACUUUUUAUUCAAUGACUGACUUUUAUUUUUUCAAUGAUAACUUUGUAUUUAAUUUUGACAGGCUAUGUUUCCUUUGCAAGUUAAUUCCAGACAACUUUUAUUUUCAAAUUAUUUCAGACGGAAAAAAUGGUGCUACUGAGAAAACUUUUAAAAGAUAAGACUUGGAAACGAGACAAAGGUGCAUCAUGUAUCCCAAUUCUGUUUUCGUGGUCUUGCACUAAAAAUUCUGACUUAUUAGCUCAACUGUUGUUUAAAUAACCGAUUUUUACCUUAUUAGCUUAUUUUUUUGUCUUUAAUCAACCAACCUGUCUAACAAAUUAACUGGUAGAAGAUAUUUUUAUACUUUUGUGGGUGUGUUUUCAGUUAUAAAUAUCGAAUUACAAUUCUGCAAGUAGAUAUACUUUUACAACUAUCCUCCAUGACUUUUAUCGUUUCUUUUCAGCACCGAAAAAGUCAUGGAGGAUGAUUAAUAUUGUUAUUGUACUAUAUGUAUUGUCUCAGUCUUAAUGAUGAUAAUAGAAUACUAUGUAGCAUAAUAAAA